ACAAUAUGAAUACUUUCGUCGACUGGUAUACGAAAGCGAUAUUCAGUGUAUUGAUAAACUACGCAUGGAUCGCCAAUGUUUCCAUAGUUUAUGCCAAUUGCUAACCAUUACCGGUGGUUUGCGUGGUACAAGAAAUGUUUUGGUUGAGGAGAUGAUCGCAAUGUUUUUGAAUAUUGUGGCACACCAUGUCAAGAAUAGGGUAAUUAAGUUUGAUUUCGUCCGAUCUGCCGAAACAGUUAGUCGGCAUUUCCAUGCCGUUUUAAAGGCUAUCACUCUUUGUCAUAAAGUGUUAUUAAAGAAACCAGAACCUGUCCUCGAGGAUUCAAUUGAUUUUCGGUGGAAAUGGUUCAAGAAUUGCCUUGGAGCACUAGAUGGAACACAUAUCAAAGUAAAUGUGCCUAAAGCUGAUCGACCAAGAUAUAGAACAAGAAAAUCAGAAAUCACCACUAAUGUACUCGCUGUUUGUAGCCAAGAUAUGCAAUUCAUAUAUGUCUUAUCUGGUUGGGAGGGCUCGGCGCAUGAUGGUCGAGUUCUUAGAGAUGCGGUUACAAAACCUAAUGGAUUGAAGGUUCCAAAUGGUUUUUACUAUUUGGUUGAUUCUGGCUAUGCAAAUUGCCCUGGAUUUCUUGCACCUUUUCGAGGGCAACGUUAUCAUUUGAGUUCUUGGGCAGAUGGACGUCAACCUCGCACGGCUCAAGAGUUUUUUAAUAUGAAACAUGCUAGUGCGAGAAAUGUAAUAGAGAGAACUUUUGGUCUUCUAAAAAUUCGAUGGAAAAUCCUUGCGAGUCCAAGCUUCUACAAUAUAGCAACUCAAAGGCGCAUAAUUAAUGCAUGUUGCUUAUUACACAACUUCAUUCGGAAAGAGAUGGAAGAAGACCCUGCGGAAUCUGAAAUCGAUAAUUUAAUGUUAGGGGAAAACACAGAAGAUGAUGUUGACAACAUCACAGCUGUUGAUCCAACAGAUGAAUGGACCCAAUUUAGGAAUGACAUGGCAGUGGACAUGUUUAAUACAUGGCGAUCAACUUGAUUUUGAUAUUUAAUAUAUAUGUACUCAAAACUAAACUUGUGAUGUGGUGAUCUUUCUAGUAAUUGAUUUUCGAUAAUUAUUAUCUAUGUAUGUGUAAUUCACAGCUUUUCUAUGUCGUGUUUGUGGUGUUUGUACUGAUAAUUUGUCUGUAUGUAUUGAAGAAGAA